AGGAUAAACCGAAAGAUGGAAAGUUUUAAGCCGCCAGAAGAAAUAAGUUUUUCAAUUGGUAAUGUUGCUGAAAGCUGGAAGAGGUGGUACCAAAAGUUUACGAACUAUAUGCUUGCUACUGAAAAAGAUGAGAAACCGGAUAGAACGAAAAUUGCCAUCCUCCUCAAUCUUCUUGGAAAUGAAGGUGUCGAAGUAUUUAAUACUUUUAAAUUUGAGGGGGAUGAAUCGUCUGAAAAAUAUACUGAAGUGGUUGCCAAAUUCCAAGAGUAUUGCGUUCCUAGGCAGAAUAUUGUCUUUGAGCGCCAUAAAUUUUUCUCAUGUUCGCAGCAAGAAGGCCAAUCGUUCGAUGUGUAUUUAACUCAGCUGAAAACGCUUGCUGCCUCAUGUGAGUUUUCGACUCAGGAAGAAUCUCUCAUAAGAGACCGUGUUGUAGUAGGGAUUCGAGAUAAAGUGCUUCAAGAACGUCUAUUAAGAGAACCGCAACUGACUCUGCAAAAAGCUGCGGAAUAUGUCAGAGCAUCUGAAGUGAGCAAAGAGCA